CCACCCCUGCCCGGCUAUGGCAGCAGUCGCUUGCUUUCUGCUGGCUCCGGAUUAGCUAUUUGAGUGGCGUCUUCCCCUGCUCCCACGCCUGGCCCAACUGCUCUCUCUGUUUAUCGGGGCACCGGGGGUUUUCAGGGACCCGUUGUGAGAGACCAUGGAGCAAUUGAAGCGGACACUAUGCCUGCCAUCCUCCCUUUCCUCGCUCAUCUUCCUCAUCUCCGCCACCAUUCCCGCAGCAGCAGCAGCAGACCCUGCUCUGACGGAUGACUCGAGAUGCGGCUGCUACCUAACCAACGGCAACCAGAGCGCCUUCUUCGCAGACCACAGGUUCUUCGACUUCCGAUCGUUGUCCGAGGACGCCGGCGUGCCGGCUGUGGUCCAGAACGUCGAUGCUAGCGCUGGGGCCGAGAUGACUAGUGCCUACUUUUCCAGCUCAGAAUGGACGGACUUCUGGAUGCUCGGCAGCUGGAACAACAGCAACCAUGGCCGCUCCGACGCCACCGUGCUCAUGGUCAACUCGCCCAACAACAUCUAUAUCGAGGCCAACAACGAGGCCAACCCGUCCUCGCAGACUUGGCUCACCCUCCGCACGCAGCGCCUGGCCGACUUCCAGACCGCCGCCGAGAUCGAGUCCGCCUCGGCCAAGUUCAGGUACCUGUCCAUCCGCAUGCGUGCCCGCACCGUCGGCGCCGCGGGAGCUAUCACGGCCAUGUUCACAUACCGCGACGCCGACACGCUGGCCAAGGUGCAAGAGUCAGACCUCGAGAUCCGCACCUCGGAUCCGCGCAACCUCAUCCACUACACCAACCAGCCCGCCUACACCGACGCGGGGGACACGGUCCCGCAAGCCACGCAGAAUGCCACCAUGCCUGGCGGGCGCGACUGGACGGACUGGGCCGUGCACCGCAUGGACUGGACCCCCGGGAAAACCACGUGGUACGUGGACGAUACACAGGUGGCACAGAUCGAGUUCCAGGCGCCCAGGGACGAGAGUAACCUGAUCCUGAAUGCAUGGAGUGACGGCGGGGCCUGGACGGGCAACAUGAGCCGGAACGACGCGGCAUACUUGCAGGUACAAUGGUUGGAGGUGGUGUUUAACAACACCGAGGUAGGCAAGAUGACGGACAAGGAAAGGAGGAGGAGGACCGGGAGGAGGAGGGAGGAUGGUGGCGGCAGUGGCUGCGCGGCCGUGUGUAGUAUCGACCAGACCCCGCAGCUGGGGAAGCCAGUGAUGCUGUGGGAUAAUCGUGCGGCGGGGAACCAGCCCAAUGGGGUUGGAAGGCUCGUUAGCUGGCUGCCGAUGGGGAUGGUCUCUUUGAUGGUGUUGGUGUCGACCGGGCUGUUGAUGUGAAUCUCGGGCUGCGGAAGGAUGAUAUGACUGCAUAUGAGUGCUACUAGUGCUUGAUGGAUUAGUCCAAAGCCUUAGUUUGGCAAAAUCAACAGCGUGACUGCACCGCAGCGUCUAGCCUUCUCAGCAUCAACAUAUAGCAGUUGCAAAGUUAAAAGAUCCUUCAGAGAUCACACGACUCUACCAGAAGAGAAUUUGAGGCAGGAGACGCAAAGUGGGAUAAGUACUAGCGGCAGUUUAUUAUAGAAGGUGGAGUGGCUCACGCACAGUAUUCAAACAGCCGCGCUGGACGAAUCCCAUCAACUGCUGCCAUUUCCAC